AAUUAAAGAUUUUAUUGAUAAUUUAAAACAAUGAGCAGUUCGGAGAUUAAGCAAGGCUUGAGGAAAACGGAAUUUCCGAACUGUGCCAAGGAAGCAUUAAAUAAAAUAGGGCAGCUAAUAUGUGGAAGGAAUACGAAUAUAAAACAAAUGGAUCUUGCACUGGAUCUGAUGGCUGAGUUUGUAUUUUGUGAAGUGGACAGGAGAGGCAACAAACGAAAUUCAGUGUUCACAGCGAUACAAGAAUUGCAAUUGUUGGAAGUGCUGUUUGAUUAUUUCAAUAGUGUGACCGGAGAUGCAGCAAGAAAUUCUGUGUUUCUGACACUUUUCAGUGGGACCACAGCAAGCCAACGUUUGGGUAUAUUGAGUAAACUGGUGUCGAUUGCCAUUGGCACUGGUUCUGCAAAAGUGCUUAUAUCUGCUAGCACAUGGAUGCAGCAGUUAGGAAACACUUCACCAAACUGCUGCAAACUUGCUGAGGCCUUGGUCAUGGAUUACUUCAUUUUGAUACCAAACAGUAUUGACCAACUGAAAUUGCUCUAUCAGAAUUCGCAGCAGUUUACUGCAAACUUUUUAACUGCAGUGGCUGAGCUGUAUUAUGUGGACAGCAAGAAAGAGAUCGUUUUUCCACCUAAGACGUUGCUAGAGACGAUCGUGCAUUGGGUAAGCGAGAAUUACAAAUUGUGUGUAGCAGCGCAGAUUAUGCAAAGUCCGCUGCCACCUGGCGCUAUUGCCAUGGAGGCUACAACUCCUAUUGCUGGUUUGUUGAAGUGGUGCGUUUUAGCGCCGAUUUAUAACCAGAAUAACGAGUUGUACAGUCAACUGCAUUUAUCGCUGUUGAAUAGUUUAUUGGAAAUACCUGUUAGCAAUCCACCGAGGGCUGUGAGUUCACAGCAUCUGAUAGUACCAGUCGGUUCUAUAUGUAGAUACUCAUUGGAGUUGCACAAGAGAAAAAAGGGUGUCGACAAACAGACGCUGUUCGAGAAUGAUGCAAAUCUUCAGUUAUCUUUGGAUAGAUAUGCGCAAGCAAUUCAGAUUGCAUUGUUUGGAAAAUGCAUUUAUGGAAAUGUCAACGAACUCGUGAAUCAAUUAUCUCAGUUGCCACAAAACAAACUCUUGGGUAUUGUCAUAUACAUACAUAAAAUGAACAAGUGACUAUGAUAAUAUUGUAAAAAGUUUUUUUUUAAUGUUAAAUGUAU